GGCCCAGCCCGGCCCGGCCUUUGGCUGCAAGGGCAGGUAGCCCUGGGACAGACGUGUUUGACGGGCCCGCUGCUAAGUGUGAUGAAAGUGCUAAGCGCCCCGCGGUGUCAGACUAAACGUGGCGUGGGGAGGCCUUGCAGAUAAAAUAACAUGGAGUUGCCGGUGGAGGAGUGGAAAUCUUACAUACUUGAGAAGUGGUCUGUGCUCCCAAAGUCUAUCCAAGUCAGAAUUUCUACAGCAGAGUCUUUGAGCGACGUCUUUCAUCACUCCUCUUUGCUUCUCCAACCUGAAGAUGAGAUGUUUUUGAAAAGACUUUCUACAAGUUACCUUGUGGGAAAGGACCCUGACGCUCCUCUUUUCUACAGGGAACAAGGGAACAGAAAAUUCCAAGAGAAAGAUUAUGUGGGAGCCGCAGUGCUAUACUCAAAGGGAGCAUCACACUCGUGGCCUAACACAGAGCACAUUUCACUGUGUUACGCCAAUCGUUCUGCAGCCCUCAUGCACCUGGGUCAGUUCGAGACAUGUCUCGAAGAUAUCCUCAGAGCCCAGAGGCAUGGGUAUCCAGAAAGAUUGCAACCCAAGUUGAUGCUGCGUAAGGCAGAGUGUUUAGUGGCCCUCAGAAGACCACAGGAAGCCAGCCAGACGAUCCGUGAUCUUGAAAGUAACUUCACCACUAAACCAACCCUAGCAGCUUCCCAGUCUCUGCAGAAAAACCUCUCUCAUCUGAAAAUGAAGAUUCUCGAACAAGAGAAUCUCACAGAAAUCUUCCCGAGAGCUCUAACCAAAGCCUGUGAGAAUCUGGAUCUAAGGGAAAAGAAUGAACAGAUUUCCAGUGCCUCGUCGUCUGUCAGCUUAUGUACAGACCCUGUCAAAGGCCGCUAUCUGGUGGCCACCAAAGAUAUCCUCCCAGGACAGGUCCUGGUGAAAGAAAGGGCUUUCGUGAGUGUCCUUAACCCAGGAGAAACGACUCUGCUACAUCAUAGCCUCGAAAGUCAGUUCGAUACUAGAGUUACCAAUGGGGACCUCUACUGUCACCGAUGUUUGAAGCACACCUUGGCCACGGUUCCCUGCAGUGGGUGCAGCUAUGCCAAGUACUGCAGCCAGGAGUGUCUGCAGCAGGCCUGGGAGCUCUACCACAGUGUUGAGUGCUCCCUAGGGCAUCUGCUUCUCACACUCGGUGUCUUUUGCCAUGCUGCCCUGAGGUUGACUCUUCUUGCUAGGUUUGAAGAUGUUGGCAAAGCCAUAAGGAUACUUGGCAGAGAGGUUCCUAACAAGGACAGCUGUUGCCCUGAAAGCAAGAACCUGGUGAGAACACUCAGUUAUCACCUGAGACGGGAGAGCGAGAGAAAUGACAAGAGAGUUCAGACUCCAGUUCCUGGCUGCGAUCUCAAUGGGAAGUACGAAAAUAACUACAAUGCCGUCUUCAACCUUUUGCCUCACGUGGAAAACCAUAGCCCUGAGCACAAAUUCCUCUGUGCGCUCAGUGUUUCUGUCUUGUGCCGGCAGCUGGAAGUGUCCGCCUUGGGGACACUCCCAGCAGCUCAGGAGUCCUCCAGGCCAGAAGAAGCUGAGCCGGCAGUCUUGUGUCCGGAGCUGACUCUGUGGGGGGUGGCCAUGCUGAGACACAUGCUGCAGCUACAGUGUAACGCUCAGGCAAUAUCGUCCAUACGACAAACAGGAUGUAAUGAGAACAUCGUCGCCGACAGCAGGCAGGUCCGCCUCGCCACAGGUGUCUUCCCAGUGGUCAGCCUCCUGAACCAUUCCUGCAGCCCCAACACCAGCGUGUCCUUCCUGGGCACUGUGGCCACGGUUCGCGCAUCCCAGAAGAUUGGGAAAGGGCAGGAGAUCCUCCACUGCUACGGGCCUCACGAGAGCAGGAUGGGCGUUGCGGAAAGACAGCGGAAGCUAAGGUCUCAGUAUUUCUUUGACUGCGGUUGCCCCGCCUGUCAAAAGGAGAAGCACAGCCUCGCUGCAGGGCCCAGGUGGGAAGCUUUCUGUUGUCACCGGUGCAGAGCACUCUUGCAGGGAGGUGAUGUUCUUAGCUGUGGCAACUCAUCUUGUGCGGAACCAGUCAGGCGCGAUCACCUCAUCGCUCGCUUACAGAACCUCCGGCAGCAAAUCAAGAUGGCCAGGAAGCUCCUUGGAAAUGGUAAACUAGUUGAGCAAGCCAUUGGAGUGUUGCUGGGCUGCCAAGUUGAUGCAGAGAGCUUCCUGUACCUGGAGCACACAACCGUGGGGGAGAUCGCAGAUGCGCUGGCCCAGGCCUAUGCUGCCUUAGGGGACUGGCAGAAAUCGGCCGCCCACCUACGGAAGAGUCUCCAAGUGGUUGAGGUUCGCCAUGGACCAUCCAGUGUUGAAAUGGGCCAUGAGCUCUUCAAACUGGCCCAGAUCCUUUUCAAUGGAUGUGCCGUCGCCGAAGCCCUGAGCACAAUCUACAGGGCAGAGAAGGUCCUGCUGCUGCACUGUGACCCGGGGGAUGAUGAGAUCCAGGAGCUACAACAGAUGAAAUCCUGCUUAUUGGACCUGCCCCCGGGCCCUGCGUCAUUGCAGGCAGUGUAGUCCCUGGGGAUGCAGGCCCACAGUACAGUAGCCUGAGGAAGGAGAAGGGAAGGGGUCCCGUUGCUGCUGAGCCGCCAAGAAGUACAGGACUCAACGCACACUCCUUGCUUUGUGUGUGAGAGGAGCAGAAAAGGGGCCCUGAAAAACAGUGGGUCUGGAAAGAGAUGUUCACCUAUUUUGAGGAACGUUUCCUGAAAUAGUUAACUGCCUUCCAGUAAAAACCCCCAGUUCCCAGAAAAGACUGAAAACUAGUAUCUAGAGAGCCAAAGCCCUUUCAAGGUAUUUUAGCUGAUCUGCAGCAUCUGGAAAGGAGCCUGGGGUUUUGGCUAGACUCCACCUCGCUCAGUGAUGAUGGUCUGUUUCCCCGGAACAUUCCUUUGGUUUCUAGUAGUAAUGAAAUGGUGUGUACCACUCCAGUGGGAACUUAAACGCUUACCACUUGUAUUGUAAUUGAAAAAUAAUUAUAAAGCAAGAAAUCACUGAAGCGCUUUACCUCCAGAGACACAAUUUCAUUUAUGAUAUCUAGCUUCCUUGCAUCCUUUGUUUAAACUAGUGGAGUAUGAAUUGUGAGUCGAGAAAUAAAUAUGGGGCCAUUUUAUUGCUGGGUAGUGUCUGCCCGG